ACGAUUAAUCGCGCCCUUAUUUUCUUUUACUCCACCUGCUCGGACCCGCACUUUUCCCAAUCGCCACAGCUUGCCUAAACUGCGCGCCGAAAAGCGGAAGGAGAAAACGAGCGAAUGUCGCGAAUUGCCUUCCGUUAAUCCGCAAAUAAAAAAAGGCAGGAAAGAGAAAGACGGUAGGAAAACAUUGAAUGAAUCGAUUAGGGGCACCUCACGUGUCCUCCAGCGUGUGGCAGCGGCAAUAAUCAGUUUUCUACCGACACACAACUCGCGGGUAAAAAGCAUAUUUACUUCGAGCGUUCUUGCAGCCGCAUCUCUGCGCUAAAUUGCAAUAUACCGAUUUUUUUUCUACUUUUAUAAUCGUCGAGUGAUCAAUUACACAAGACAAAUAAAGAGACCGGUUGUGAUUUUUCAAAAUUUAAGAAAGUGCGUCGUUGUAUUUUCGCUUCGGUCCUUUCGAAAUGAUGAUGGAUUUGUCGCAACCGCAUACAUUUUGGGAAGAAAGCGCUCACGUAAAAUACGAGGGGUCCAAUUCAAACGAAGAGCAUCCACGUUUAAAGGACGAAAGGGGGUUAUAUUCUUGUUGUGAUGGGAAUUUCAAUUUCGCAACCGCGCCUUGCAGUGAAGACGAAUUAGAAUACGGCAAUGGUUUAUACAAAAAGAACAAAGUGUCAAGACAGGAUCCCAUGUCGCAUCGUAUUAUAGAAAAACGAAGAAGAGAUCGCAUGAACAACUGUCUGGCCGACCUAUCUCGCCUUAUACCGGCGGAAUAUCUGAAGAAGGGAAGGGGGCGCAUAGAGAAAACGGAAAUAAUCGAGAUGGCCAUCAAGUAUAUGAAACACUUGCAGCACUUACACGUCGCCUCCUCCGAACACUACAGACUAGGCUACCAGGAAUGCAUGUCGGAGGCGAUGCGAUUUCUGGUCGAGGUUGAGGGUCACUUUCCGCGCGAGGCGAUUUGCAUUCGCCUACUGACGCAUUUGCAAAAACACUGCGACACGCUUUCGAGAACUACGCAAACGUUAUCGCCUCCCGAGCUCGUUGAAAAGGUCGAGGAGAAAAAGAUCAACGAGCAAAUUGACUUGACCAAAGGCGUCCAUUCGCCGCCUUGCGAUCAGUUCGCCCUUAAGAGCUCCGAGUCGGACGAGAAACAUUCCGAUGGUUCAGCUUCUUACAAGUACAAGAAUGACAUUAAGUUGAGGUUUUCGCAGGAUCUGAAUAGCGCCACCAAAAAACUUAAGACCUCUGCGAACAGUAUUAGAAGAGUCUCAGAUACCAGUACAGAAAAUCAAAGUUCCGUCUAUAGCUCGCCACACAGCAGCAACGGCGACCUCUCGACGCGCGUCCCAUCCGAAGGUGAUAUACCGACCAAUAUUUCACGCGGCUACCAGCCAAAGAGCGACUCAAGCGUGACCCCCGCGACUCGCUCCAACUACCUAAACGGCAACCAUUACCCUCACGACAACAAAUACAAGAUCGAAAUAAAAAACUUCAAUAUUCCGAUAUUCGUCUAUCACGCGAAAGGUUCAUUUUAUAUACCGCUCACGGUCGAUUACUUUACCCUGCUCCCGUUCCUGCAUAACUACAAUUUGAUGGAAACGUUCGCAAAUGAUCAAGAUAUCGUCCUGCAUCCGGUGUCGAUCAACGUCAGUUACCAUUCGAAUUGUACCACGGUAAAAUAUAAAUCUCACUUUUCGCCAACGUGGCAUCAGUAAAAGUGGCCGUAUAGCGAAGCAAGGCUGUGAUAUGAAGGGAACUUAAAAGACUGACGGUUGCCCUUAGCAUCGCCUUUCUGUUCAAUGGCAGUGAAAUAAAAUAACAUGUACUGUAGUAGGUAUAGGUGUAAGUUGUACCAGCUUUUAUAGGCUUUAUAGUAUUAAUAAGUUUUGUGUUACGUUCCAGUAUUGAUUCGAAUCGAUUAUCUAAAUUAACGGACUUAUUGCAAUAAUCGACUUGGAAGAUUUAAUACAUAUCUUAUAAUUAUAAGCAAUGGUUAAACUGCAACAAUGUAAAAGUUUUUAAUGUUCGUUCUUAUUCAAUGUUAAGGAAAGAGUUUUGUAAAUAAAAGUGUAUUUUGAAAUAA